AUGACCUCCGCCUCCACCAAGGUGGGCGAGAUCUUCUCCGCGGCCGGCGCCGCCUUCACCAAGCUGGGCGAACUGACGAUGCAGCUGCACCCGGUGGCCGACUCCUCCCCGGCCGGGGCCAAGUGGACGGACGCCGAGAUCGCCCUCCUGCGGGCCUCCGUGCAGCGCUUCGGCGACGACCUGCACCGCAUCAGCGCCCUCAUCAAGGACCGGACCGUGGCGCAGCUCAAGGCGGCCGCCAAGCGCAAGGCCUACGAGGACUCCGGGCUGCCGCCGCCGCCCCCCGCCGACUCCCCGAAGAAGCCUGCCGGCCGGAAGCCGCCCCCGGGCCCCACGCCCGCCGGCCCCGCGCCCCCGCCGCCCGAGCCCAAGAAGCCCAAGGCGGACGUGACCCUGAGCGCCCUGAACGACGCGGAGGCGCCCCGGGAGCUGCUGGGCGAAGCGCCCCCGCCGGCCAAGAAGCUCAGCUUCGACCAGGACAGCCUGAACCUGGAGCCCGGAUUCCUCCUGACGCGGGUGGGGGUGCCCUCCCUGACCUCGCCGCAGGGCCCCCCUCACUGCAGCAGCACAAGGAACACUGGCCACGAGCAGCAGCAGUGCCAGUAUUGA